AUGAAACGAAGCUUUUUCUGCUCAAGACUAUCGUUAUGCCAACAGAUUUUUAGUCAUGCUACGUUUUCGAUAGAAAAGCAUCCCAGGCUCAUCCCAAGAUCCUAUUCAAUAACAAUUUCUACAACGCCUCAGCCCAAGCAAUAUCCAAAUACAAACACUCAAUUAUACCCAAAGAGUCACCAGGAUGUUUGUCAACCUGCCCAAAAGUAUACGAAAAAGCGAUAUGGUAGCAUAUCCGGAGAGAAAUCCUCGAACUCCGCUGCUCCAGAUGGCCUAGUGGAAUCACCAAUUAUAUUAAGGAGAUCCGAGAAACGAGCGUCUCUAAAUCGAAUCGCCAAAACUGGAGAACGCAGUAAACAUUGGGACCAGGACUCAUCCUUGGUUCGCAACCCCUGGGCAAUAGCUCUUGCAAGCCCUCCUCGACUAUGCCAUGCAACUCAUUCAAGACUCCCAACGGAGCUGAUGAUAGAUUUCGGUCUUGUUCAGCACCCUGAGACAUCUGCUUUGUGGUUACUUCCUACUUCGCUGCUUGAGGAUGAGUUGAGAGAAGCAACUGGCGACGCAGGGUCCAGGGUCACUACUGAACACGAUAGCCCUCCUGCAGACGAUGGCAACCCUGCUGUAGGUGCUGAUAACACCUCGAAACCAAGGAAGGAAUUUCCAUUAGUCAGGGUUACGAAUAGCGGAACAUUGUUAAAUAUGCUGUCUAAUCCCAAAUAUUCCAAUAUCAGCAAAGGAUUAGUCCCGCCCUCAUGGAAACAACCCCAAGGGCCACUUUCUAAGAACGCUAUGCAAACGCUAGUCUGGAGAGGAGACAUGGCCAACCAUGUACUUCAGGCAAUGAGGAGGCAAGUGUUGAGAAGCCUAAAGAAAAUAUUGCAAGUUACGCCGAAAACCAAAAAACAACAAAGGCAGGAUACUUGGACCGUGUUGAAUAACACCGAAUACCCCAUAACCCAAGGAGCGUUAGAGGACUCGUUACAGCAGCUUCCAGAGCUGAGAGAUAUUAGGAGUGGAGUAGUGUUGAUUCUUCGCCCUGACCACCUCGCGGAGUCGAAUUUAGACCAUAAUGGUGAUUCUGAUUUCACCACUUCAACAGCAACGGAUAAGCAAUCAUUCGAUCUAGUUGAGCUUCCUGUGCAGAGGUCGCAAGUUCCUGUCUUUGACCUGACGAAGCUGCUAUCCCUCGAAGAACUUCAAGCAGUACGUCAACUCGGGGAAGUUUUUCAAGGGGGCGCUCUAUAUUUCAUACCCGCAACAAGAAAGUCGGCCUUAUUCGUCCUAGACCUCUGGCGACUGAAGUCGUUUUUUAUGGAACGAAGUGAAGGGGAAGAAUAUCCUGCUAGUCGUCAAUUAGCAUGA